UUGCGCUCUCGCAGCAUACGAUACAAAAGAAAACCGCGCACAUUUGCCACCAUCACAUUGUGUGCAUUGAUUAUGGGAGUUUUAUUUUGUUUCCCUCCCUGUAUGGGAGCGAGAGAGUAACCGGUUCGUUUUACUGGGAAAAUCUGGAGCAUAUUUUCCCCCAGUAAAGUACGCGUGUGUAACCAAGAGGAAGUUUGGCCCAUCCACCAAGUGAGCUAGGGAGCACUUUUUUGACAGUGUCUAGAGCAAAACCCGAUAGCGCAUUAUACACAAUUUGUCGUUGUUCACUGUUGUGGCGUUUUUGUUAGCGUGCAGAACAAUUUUCCGUGCAAAUUUUCAACGGUAACAGAGAGUGGUAGAUGUAGUGAGCAGCAAACCAUUGCGGGGUUUUUUAUUUUGGUUUUGUUUCGGUGCUGUUCCCUGCAGGAUGCAGUAACGCAACAUCCAUCAAGGAUGUAAAACGUGUGCACCGAACCGCGUAAAAUCCACUUCACACAACGUUUCAACCAUCAACGAAUCGUCAAGCAUCACUGUACGAUUGGCGACACGGAGGGAAAAGUAUCACUUGGCUGGUUCCUUGGCCGCACCAAUACAAGGAGUCUGGUGGUGUGGAAGGUUUGGGCAAAAACCAUAUGCUCUUUAAACGGCUGCGAUGCGCAAAACCCCGAUGCGAUAGACGGGAAAGAUAAUACUCACCAUGAGCUACACGGCGGAAGAGAAAAUUAAGCUCGCGGGCGAAGACUCGAAGGAUCGGCUGUACGAGGCGAAGCAGAAUCAGAAGGCGAUACGCAUCCUUACAGUAGCGGCAUACGUACUGUGCGUAUCGCUUGUCGCUAUCAUGCUGUCGCUGUACUACAUCUUCUUCUGGGAUCCGAGCACAAAUCCGAUGCAGCAGAAAACGCAAACGAUCGAUACCCUUAUCAUACCGGAUCACCUGGCAAUACGGUUGGCGAAUCGCAGUGAGGUGCCAGCGAGCCGCUUUUUUCACAGCUUCUACCAGCACCUGGUGCAGGACCGGGUGGUCAAGAUUAGAAAGGAGGUACAGAUCUCGGAGUCGACCAAUCUAACCAGGCUCAUUGAGCUGUACCAUCAGCAGCAGCAGCAGCAGUACAAGCAACGACGUCCGGAGAAGCUGGCCCGCAAACAUGCAAUGCACCGUGGUUCGGGCGGUACCGACGGUCAGCUGUCGUAUCAGGUGCAGUCCGAACAGCAAAGUUCGGUUAGUGACGGUCCCCGGUUGAACACGGACGAGGACGAUGGUAGCGAUGAUUAUGAGCAGAGCGGUAACUACGAGCUGUACUCUAACCACACCACCAUACAGCUCGAUGCGGACGAAACAGAGCAACAGUGAAGGAAAACCUUUGACCGAACAAUUCUCCCAUAAAAAAGCAAAUAACAAAAGCUGCACAGCUUAGUGCACCCGGAAAGUAUACAGGAUUAGUGCCCGUAAAAAACACACACACCCACUAUACACCAUAUUACAGGAAACGCACACACGUUUUCAUACGAUUUUUAAUGCACUACCAACACGGCUAGAAAAGACACCGCAUGGGAGUACGGCAAGGGAAAGGAGUGCGUAUGCGGAAGAAAAUUUGAAUAUUGAUAGCAGAAGGGUUAGUUACUCUGAUUCUGGCACGGACUUUCACGCGCUUCCGCAACGAAUCACUACAUUGCACAGCGCCGCCAGAAUGUGGCUGGGGGUGUGGUAGGAAAUGAAAAAUGUUUGGGAGUUAGUAACUUUGUGGCCUAAACGAUUAACGUGUGUAAUCUCUCCUUCUAACCAAAUAUAAUAUGGUUACCCUCCUUUUUGCUUACGAGUUGACGAAACUUUUUCUUCUACUAAUGUGGUGCUCCCCUUCUAACGAAACAAGCAUGUUUCCACUGAUCUAGCAGGGUAUUCGAGUUCUAGUGGUACAAUUAGAGCCAUUUCUGGAUUCUGUUCAAGUUAAACUUGAAUGUCUAGAGGUAGAUUUAUAAUCUCUCCAAAGUUCUUCAAGUAUCAAGGGAGAAUCGACAGCUUGCAAGAGUUCUAGAUAACGAUCAUUAGCCGUGUCCUAUCUCGUACAUCAGCAUUGCUUGGAAAGGGGAUGAAAUUAUUCGUGACGUUAUUUUUAAAAUCCAUAAUUUUAAUGAAUUUCCUUAAAACAACAAAAUGGUGAUAUCGAAGUGUACUUCCAAGAAAAGAAAAAAAUCAACUAAACUAACGUCCUUAUGAAUUCAUUGUAUCCUAUGAAAAAUACAAAUUCGUGUUCAGAAUUCAGUAAAGCCAAUACUCUAAGUAAUAGAGUAAAUGCUACGAGUUUACUACUUCCCUGGAGGAAACUGUUCAGGAUCUAGCAAUUUUCACUUGGUUCUCAAUAUCUGAGGAGCAACUCUAUGUCUCUGUUUCUGUGUCACUACAUAUGAGUAACGUAUCGACCUUUCAAAUUCAAAACUAUCUUAACUAAACCAUGCAUGAGGUGUUGUCUAUUCUAUUAUUUUUCUAAGCGCAAUGAAAGAUUUUAAACCCAUCUCACUUAAAAGCUCAUCUUGAAUAGAAGCCAGAAAUGGAUCCCGCUUCGCCACUUAAACUCGAAUCCCUCAGUUGAUAAUUUCUCAACAACAAAAUUUUAUCCAUCCCACGCACUGACGAAUACUAGACGACUGGGUACAUCUUCCUUACAGGGUGAUGAGUUUGUUUUCUUUUGAAAGAAGAAAACCAAACUCUUGCAAUAAGAUAAAACGUUAACGUGAAGAUGAAACCAAACCGGUUAGCACCAAUCCAGAAAGUUUUAUCACGAAAGAUAUUUUAAAUAUAUUAAACGGUAGUACCUUUUAUGGUAGCGAACGCAGCAGCAGCAGCAGAACAGUGUAUAGAAGGUUCACGAUGCUAUUUUGCUAUGUUGGUUGUAGAAUGAAACGAAGGAAGGCUUGAUUGAUGAGGGCUCCGUUUUGCUCGGCGGCAGCACAACACACGCCUGGGGGCUUGUAUUUCUAUAUAGUUUAUAUACAAAUACACAAUGUAUCUCUGGUCAACCAAUCCAGCAGCUAUAGUAAACCAACAGUAACCCUGGCAAACAUACUUAAUAUUUACUAAAACAAAAUAAAGAGUUUUUUCAUUUUUGUUUGUUCUGAAACACAA